AUGAAGAAGCAGAAGAUACAAAAUGAGAAUUCUGAGGAAAUCAAAGAAAUGAAUAAAUCUAUCAAAGAGCUGUCUGAAGCUGUGAAAACGCUGCAACAGAUCUUAUUGACAAGAGCCGAUCUACCUGAGGUUUCAUAUGCGAGGGGAAACAAUGACCGAACCAUAUUAGUUAAAGGAUUUGAAAAUCUGCGACCUAAGGAUGAAACCAAGAAUGCACUGAGUAACUUUUUCAGUUCUUGUGGAGAGGUCACAAGGGUUUAUGUUCCUAUAGAGUGUAGAAACCGUCUUCCCUUAGGAUUUGCUUUCAUUGAUCUGAGAAAUGGUAAAGGCAAUGAGAAAGCGUUAGAACUGAAUGGAAGUUACAUGGGAGGAAUGGAGCUUGAGGUGACGAUGGCUAGUGAUAGAGAGGAGUACUAUGGCUUUACUGACUUUUAUGGGUGUGAACUCUGUCAAAUGUUUCUAUCCCAUGAUUACAACCCCGUCCACAACCCCUCCUCGGUUAAGUAA